AUGGAUUAGGAUUAAAAUCUCUUAACUUUAGUUGUUUAAAUAGUUUACAUAAAUAAUGAAAGACAUCUUAAUUGUGCUUAUCUAGAUUUAGAUAAAAGAAUGAUUGAAGUUUGUGAAUUUUAAGAUAAUGAACAUUUUAGUGUGUUUGAAUGUCUAGUUCUUUAAGUUAAUCCAAGUAAUGAGUUUUAUAAUAGUUUAAGCUGGGCAAGAUGCUAAAUUAACUGUUUUGAUUUAAAUGCCUGAAUUAGAGAGUGAAAAUAGAAAAGUGCGGGAUAUUUUAGAUUAAUGUGAAUUUGAAGUUAUUGAAAAAAAUAAAAAAGAUUUUUCGGAAAUUAAUAUUUCCAAUCUAAAUAAAGUUUUAAAAAAUAACUUUAACACUUAUAGAGUGGAGGAAUAGAUAUGCACUUAAUGUAUAUAAUGUUUAAUAGAACAUACACGUCUUUAUAAAGAUGAUACAAAUAUAUAAAAAUUUAAUAUAGGAUUAUUAAAUUUAAAUAAAUUUAUGAGAUUAGAUUUAGCGGCAAUCAAUGCAUUGAUGAUAUUUCCAAAACAAGGAAUUAAAUAAUUUGAUAAUGGAAAUAAUGCUAGCACUUUAGUUGAUUAUUUAGAUAGAUGUAUUACUUAAAUGGGAAAAAGAUGUUUGAGAAGAUGGAUUAAAAUGCCAUUAUAAUCAAUUUAAGAAAUAAAUUAAAGAUUAAAUAUAGUUGAAUUUUUAUAUUAAAACACUUCCUUUAGAGCAUUCUUAAAUGAAGACUUUUUGAAGAGAAUUCCAGAUCUAGAUAAAUUAUAUGCUAAAUUCUAUAAGGUUGCUAGUGAUAAGAGAAAUAAUGCUAAUCUAAGUGAUUGUGUUAAAGUUUAUUAAUUAAUCCAAAAAAUCAAAGAUAUAAUAAAAAAAGUAAAUCAAGAAUUGAAUCAAAGUUAAAAUCCUAUUUUAUAAGAUAUAUUUUUAAUACCUUUUGAAGAGAACUUAAGUGAUUUUGAAAGAUUAGAGGAAAUGAUUGAAAAAUCUAUUGAUCUAAGCAAAGCUUACACUGGUGAAUUUAUAGUAAAUCCUAGGUUUUCUGAAAAAUUAAUGUAAUUAAGUAAAAAUAUUACAUAAUGUAUGAAUGAUAUUGAAAAUGUUCGUUUAGAUACUGAAGCUGAAUUAGGAAUCACUGUUACUUUGAUAGAAUCUGGAACAUACACCUAUAUAUUUGAAGCUAAAAAACAAAGCGCUGAUGAAGCAUUUAGAAAAAACCCUAAAAAAUAUAAGACUAUUUCUGUUAAGAAUAGAGCAUUAACCUUUACAGUUGAAAAACUAUAAUCUGCUGUUGCUGAUUAUGUUAAUUAUAGAGAUUUAUAUUAAGAAGUUCAAUAGGAGAAAGUUUAAGAAAUAUUAAAAAUAGUUUGUUCUUAUUAUCCUGUAAUGGAAUAAGCAUCUAGAUUGAUUUCAGAAAUAGAUGUUUUGUCAUCAUUUGCAUCUGUAGCUAGAAAUGCUCCAAGAGCUUUUGUUAGACCAAUUUUCAUAGAAAAAAAAGAAAUUUUAUUAAAAGAAUCAAGACAUCCGUUAUUAGAAGCAAUAGAUUCAACAUGUAUAGUAAAUGAUUUAGAAAUGGAUAGAAAAUCAUCAAGAUUACAUAUAAUUACAGGACCUAACAUGGGUGGAAAAUCAACUUAUAUUCGUUAAAUAGCAAUAUGUGUGUUAUUGGCACAUAUAGGUUGUUUUGUACCAUGUAGUACUGCUGUUUUACCUAUUAUAGAUGCUAUAAUAACUAGAGUAGGAGCAAGUGAUGUAUAAACAAAAGGUAUUAGUACUUUUAUGAGUGAAAUGCUUGAAGCAAGUUGUAUGUUAAAAACAGCAAAACCAGAUUCUUUAAUUAUUAUUGAUGAAUUAGGUAGAGGAACAUCUACUUCUGAAGGAUUUGGUAUAGCUUGGGCUAUAGCUGAACAUAUUGCUAAAUAAAUAUAAUCAUAUUGUUUAUUCGCUACUCAUUUUCAUGAAAUGACUUUAAUGGAACAUGAAAUUCCAGGAGUUAAAAAUUAUUAUGUAAGUUGUGUUACAGAAGAUGAUAAAAUUACUAUGUAAUAUAAAGUUAGAUAUGGAGCUGUUGAUAGAAGUUAUGGUUUAUUAGUUGCUGAAAUGUUAAAGUUUCCAAAAGAAGUUAUUGAUGAUGCUAAAUAAAAAGCGUUAGAAUUAGAAACUUUCGAACAUAAUCUAGAAUCUAAUUUUAUUGAUGAAGAAGUUCCUAUUUUUAAUAAUAUUGAUGAUGAAUUAUAAUACAAAAUUAGAAAUAGCACACUUUAAUAAAAAGAGAAAGUUAUAAAGGAGGCUGAAAAAUGGAAGAAUGAAUUAAAAAAUGAAAAGAACUCUUAAAAAAAAAAAGAAAUUAUAGAAAAAAGAAAACAAAUUAUACUUAAAUUAUUAAAAUGA